CGUUCGUUAAAAACCUUACGCUGCCUUCGAUCUUCGCCUCCGCUCAUCCGUCAUCUCCUCUGAACUCUGAAGUCCUUGUUCCAAACUAAAUCCGAUAUUGAAUUAUGCCGCCGAAGUUCGAUCCUUCGCAGGUUGUGGAUGUUUUCGUCCGAGUCACCGGAGGUGAGGUCGGRGCGGCGAGUUCACUCGCCCCUAAAAUCGGUCCUCUAGGUCUCUCCCCGAAGAAGAUAGGAGAAGACAUUGCCAAGGAGACGGCCAAGGAGUGGAAGGGCCUCAGGGUUACUGUCAAGCUUACUGUCCAGAACCGUCAAGCCAAGGUUUCGGUGGUUCCCUCCGCCGCUGCUCUGGUCAUCAAGGCCCUCAAGGAGCCCGAGCGCGACCGGAAGAAGACCAAGAACAUCAAGCAUAAUGGAAAUAUCUCGCUUGACGAUGUUAUUGAAAUCGCUAGGGUUAUGCGACCCAGGUCCAUGGCCAAAGACCUCGGUGGAACCGUCAAGGAGAUCCUCGGUACUUGCGUUUCUGUUGGCUGUACAGUCGACGGUAAGGACCCGAAGGAUCUACAGCAGGAAAUUACUGAUGGGGAUGUUGAAAUUCCCCAAGAUUGAGAGUGAUUUUUCGCAUUUGGAACUUACUUUGUAGUUUCAGUUUUGGAUUUUAAAUAUGUUUGUUUUUAUUAUUGUCUUCAAAUGACUAUUAUCUCCGGAUACAAGGAUUUAUUAAUGUUGGAUGCUUCAUUUUCGGGGAUGGAAGCGUUGUGGUUCCAUUUUGAACUGGAGUUCAGACUUUUUAUUUAUUCAAAUCGUUGCAUUUCCGGUCGUAUUCUU